ACUGCGCCAUUCUGCUUGGACUAGUGUCCAGUGGGCCGCCGUUGUCGAAAGACCGUCCCUGGUCAACGCUUGAAAAUGGGAGCACAGGAAGAAGACGCGCCACGUCCGGCAUCGGAUAUAACGGUGUUUGGAGCCAACUGUACCCUACAUGGUCUGAGCCAUAUUUUUCUACCUGGCGGGGUGACCCUCCGACGGCUGCUUUGGGCCGCUGCAUUCAGCUCCUCCCUCUCCAUCUUCCUCUACCAAGUGGCCGACCGUGUGAUCGAAUACUACCGGUACCCUCAUGUCACCAUCCUGGAUGAGAUGGACAGUCCCAUCAUGUAUUUUCCCGCCAUCACCUUGUGUAACUAUAACAGUUUCCGGAAGUCCCAAAUCCGCAGGAAUGAUAUCUUCUGGAUGGCAGGGCUACUGGGUGUGGAGCAAGGGGAUUUCGAUGACUUCAUGGCUGCCUUAGGGCAGCCUACGGACAACAGCAAGUUUUUUCCGAGCAAGACUUUUAAUAUGCUGGAAUUUGUGCAGAGAACCAGCCAUAACAUCGAGGAAAUGUUGCUCGACUGCAAAUACAGAGGCAAAGACUGUGGGCCGGAGAACUUUACCACAGUAAGUGUGACUGACACUGCCAUCCGUACCAUUUUAUAG